AUGCUACAAGAGGUUAUGAAGCCCUCUUUGCUCAUCAUGGAUAGUAAAUCUGGACACCCAAAACUUAUUCGAACAAACUAUCACUCUUGGAAACUAAACGCCAAAGUCCAGCUCACCAGACUGGGAGCACUGGGCAUCGUUGAAGGCACCGAGCCCGUUCCCGAGUUCCCCUUUACAACGCGAGCAGCCGAAGUCACAAAUUACAGCCAGAAUGUCAAAGUCUAUAGACAAGCUCGAGAAAAGGCGAUACAAUGGAUUUGGAAUCAUAUCCACAGCGACUUCCACAGCAUCGUUGCAGUUGUGCGUCGAGACCCUCGAGCCAUGUGGCUGGAACUAGAACGGCGACUAGGAGGAAGAAACAACCACAAUAUCUGGGCUGUAAGGCAACAACUUGGGAGCGAAACAUUCAAAGAAAACGACACUAUUCAAACAUGGUCCGCUCGUCUCGAUACCUACAGCCAACGCUUGAUUGGAACUGGAUCAGAGCUGUCCGAUCUAGAGAGAAUUGCCAAAUUACUCAGUACACUUCCCAAACGCUUCGAAAUUACGGUAUCUCACAUUCAGCGAAUCCCGAAUCUCGACUACCAGACUGCUCUUCAGCAACUCCUUGACUUUGAGAAUCAACUACCGGAAGAGGCUAUCGAUAUAAACCCUCUGAGCCAUACCAUCGGGGGCAACGCAACGACGCCUCUCGACAAAGAGUAUACUGCAACCAUUGUGGACGAAAAGGUCAUACCAAAUCAAAGUGCUGGGAGCUUCAGCGACGUGAAGAAGAAGAUAGACAAAACCAAGAACGACUAUCCCGAAUACCAUGCCGUACAAACUACACAGCUGAAGACGUGCCGCCUGCAUCAGCAAACCCGCCCCAACCGUCAUCUCGAUCUGAUACGAACUACAUGGAAGAUGGAUUUGCCCACAUGGCAAGCCACGCUGCAUCAUCCACAAACGAAUGGAUACUCGAUUCUGGAGCAAGCCAUACAAUGA